AAACGGGAGCGUUCAUAAUAAACCGGCGCCAAAAGCAUCAUUCCGCCUAUAGGGACUUUUCCGUGCUACUUUGGUUACAGAAGAAACUGUGCGUCGGAUGUGUUAGCCGUGUUUUAGCGGAGUUCAUCGGUGUUCACUGUACUGUGGUGUGCUUCCGUCUUGCAGUUCGAGUCCCAUUUGCUGUUCGGUGCUGCAGUGUUUGGUUUUCGUUGUGGUUUGUAUGCGUGUGCGUGUGUGUGUGAGGAGCAUUAUUCUGAAUUGUCAUCAAUUUCCGCGGCUGCUAAGUGAGGUUAGCAUAGUUUUGGAGGCUCGCGGUGCCCGCCUCAUCUAACCUUCCAUACAUCUGUACGAUUUGUUCGAGCAGGAAACCGGGAAGCCUUGCUUCACCAGAAUGGAAAUAGGAAGUGAAAACGACCCGCAGGAGGAUGCGGCCAUCGUGCGCAAUCCAAUGCACUGCAUGGCCCCGCUUUCAGCGGAAAAGUUUGAUAAAUCGGAGUUUCUGUCCGCCGUUGGUGUGAUGGGCGAAAUUUAUCUGCAGCGCAUUAAACGUCCCGCCAAGACUGAUUCGACCCGGUCGCCGUGGGGUGUUAAGAAUCUGUCCAAACGGCACGACAGCACGGUACCGGUCUUCUACGGGGAGUUGCUCGUGCAGGAAGCUCAAAUCAUUCGGAAUUUAGAUUUCGCAUGCAUCGCAGGAGCCAUGUCAUCGGACUGCUUGGAUGAAUGCAAACGAAACCUGGCAGUCGAGUACUGCAGCGUCGAUCUGGCUGCUAUUCUCGCACAGCGCUACAAGGACAACCUCGGACCGCUGGAGGCACCGAAAGCGAUGAAGGCAGCGUUUAGCAUUCUGGGCGCUCUGGACUAUCUGCACACAAGCGUGCUCAUGCUGCACGGCGAUUUGAAGUCGUUCAACGUGCUGGUGGUGGGAGAUUUUAAGAAUGUUAAAAUUUGUGGAUUGGGCCCACUGUCCAAGAGCUUGAACCCGGACGGCACCUUGGAUACGGAUUCAAACGCAGAAAACGAUAUGGUUGGUGUUGGGCUGUGGUCGGCGCCGGAAGUUUUUGUCAAAAACUCUCCAAACAUCUCGUCCAAGGUGGAUAUCUUCUCGUUUGGCUUAGUCGUGUAUGAAAUGAUGGUAUGCAUGCCGCCGCACACAUUCCCGGGAAUCAUGGAUCUGGUUAUUGCUGCCCCGAACGAGUUGAUCAAAGUACGCAACUCACAGAAAGGCCAAGAUCCGGAUUUGAUGGACGGAGACGAGGACUCACUCAAAUCGAAGAAAAAGAAAGAUGGCGUAUUUUUUGCGCGUAAGCGCUUGCCAGCUCAAAACACGGUUGCUGGGUAUGAAGGAGUACGUGCCAUGAAAAAGAUGAAGUACGAUGAUGUGAUCAUCGACCUUGACGCCGAAGAAGAGCCUACCAAGGAAGAACCAACUCCGAAGGAAAAUGAUUCGGUCGGAAAGGAAAACGAAGGAAAUCUUAUCCAAAACGACAACAACGCUGAUAACGACAUCAAGAACGACCAGCAAGCUUUGGGAAAAGACCAUGACAUAAAGGACCAAGGGCUGGUACUUGCAGCACCCGCAGCUAUUCCACAGGCUGUGCAUGAUGGUAGCAAGGUGGGAAACGAAAACUCAACAGCCAAUUCCGCUGUCGCGAACGAAGCUGCUGUAAAAGAAGUGAGCUCCACCGAGUCUUUGCAGAGUAGCGAUAGCGUCACCCUCGUAACCGAUUCGACCGAAUCGAUGCUGAAAGUAGAGAGCUCCUCGGAUGCACCGCCAAAACGGCCGGAAGAUUCGUCGGAAGUGGUCAUGGUGAUUGACAGCUCGGACGAAGAAAACGAUCCGCCCAACAAAGCGUACGAGGUGGACAGUUCGGACAGCGAGAUGCACGAUGGCUAUGGUUCCGACGGUGAUGGUGAUGACGUGCUGCACUAUUCGGAUGGGGAAGAAUUUGGCGAAACGGACGACGAAGAAUACGAUGCGGCCGAAGAUAAUACGUUCGAGAGAGGAAACGAGGAAGAUGAUUGGGAUAUCGAUGGUAACUUUCUUAACUACGGCUGUCUCGGCACACGCCCACCAAUCCCCGCGGAGAUAACGUUCGGAAAGGAGUACGACAUCCUGAUGGAAAUGUUUUACGUUUGCACGUACAAAAUGUUUGCCUUGCGUCCUAAUGCGGCCCAACUCCUGAAGGCACUGCAGGACAACUAUCCGGCUCAACCCUAGAAAGAGAGAGACAGAGGGAGCGCCCACAUAUCCACCUUCAACCCCAAUCAACACUACCAACAUUCAAACACGUUUUCAAUUUUUCCUUUUGAAUUUGGCCCAUCAUAAUAUCAUGAUGGUAUAGUUAUUUCAUUUUAGUUAACCGGUCCUGGCUGCCGGUUUUUUGUUUUGUUUUUUUUUUCUCUCUGACGAAUUCUAUGGCCAUGUACAAACACGGUUCGAGUUUAGGUCGCCCACAUUUCAGCGAUUGAAAAUAUAAUACCGAAUAUUUAUCUUGAUUAGAGGAAGCACAUGCCAUUUGGUAUUUUGAUCGGUAAUAGCGCUAGGGAAUCUAGCUUGUACAUAUAUAUAUCUUAUUUAUUAAACUUGUAUGGAAACAAAUAAUGACCGUUCGGAAGGAAAAGGGACUGGAUGGUCGUUUUAAUAGGACUUACCAUCACUCUAAGGUUUUAUGGUAGAGCGUUGGUUACACCAUGACGAACGGCUAGCGAUAACCUUACAGCGCGCUCUACCUUCGCAACUGUUCGAUCUCAGUGAGACGCUAACUUCACUACAUUACACCUAUUAACACUGUAUCGCUCCUAUUUCAUUGCUUUGUGUGCGAAUGUUAAUUCUGCAAGCGAUCGUUAUUUGUAGCAGUGUCGUGAUAGCAAUUAGCCACCUUUCGAAUCGUAAUCGCAUAUGGGACUGCUACAAAUAACCUGGCAGAAUGGCUUUUGCACAUGGAAAAAAAGGAAAUAGUACUGCAUUCAGUGUCUGUAAAGCCAAAAUAUAGUUUUGCUUAGCAAAAAACAUUGUUGCGAAGGUAAAUCCGUUCAGCAAAAACCAUCUUGUAGGGCUCCGUUAGGCAUCGCAGACCGUCGCAUGUAUGUAAAAAGCUUUAAACUGAAAAAACCAGUAAGGGACAACGUCGACGAAAAUGAGCACUCCAUCCUCAAUGAUCGUUGACUUUAAACAACACACACACUUGAACCUUACUGAGUACAAGGAAACAGCUAACUGGAUCUGGUUGUAAAUUGAGAGCGCGAUAGUAACACGAUUGUACGGUAUGGGAAGCGUAAACCAACACGCGAAUAAGACGCGUGAAAUUGUCGCGUCUGUGAGUAAUUCUUACCGUAAAAAAACAAAAAAACACUGUCGCUACUUUUAUGUUCAACCAGCACCAGCGUAUAGGGAUUGAAAUGCAUGAACUACUUAAGGAGGAAGCUUAAAUUCAUAUAACACUGCGUAGAGAGUUGUAUGAUCUUUUAGGCGAAGAAAGAUAGAUUAUUUAUAACUGCGAAACAAAGAGUAAAGGAAGAGCUGUAUCUACAAUGGUUUACAGGUUGGGCAGAGUUCAGCUUUGCUCAGAGCAUUUAAAAUUGUAAACUUGACGUUUGGUGUGUUUCGUAGUUGAGGCAAAUAGAAGUUUAGUUAAGAGCGAGAGAGGAUUAUUGAACAAAUAUACAGCAUCUGACUUUCGCCGAACGGAAGUCACAAACCGA